AUGCGGCGGGACGACGACGCGACCUUCUCGGACCUGCUGGACUUGAGCUUCGGGGGCCCCCGCGCGGGCGCGCUUGACUUGGUUUACCUGCGACGGCUGUUGCUGGCGCUACUCAGCCGCUUGGGCAUCCGUGACGUCAGCGCCGCCGAGCGGGCUCGACAGACUGGACUUCUGGAACGUGUCGGGGCCUGUGAGGACGCACUGGAACAGGCCCUGGGGCUGGCACGAGACGUCCAGGAGCAGAUGUCGGUCAUGAAGCAGCGCGCAGAGGAGCUUCACGUCCACCAGCAAGGCCUCGCGUCCGCCUCGCUGGACGAGCUGAAGGACGAGGGCGCGCUCCUGCGAGCUCGCGUGGAUGCGCUCGAGACGGCGAAGGCUGACGAGGAGCAGAUGGACGUCCUGCGGCGACUCAUCGGGGACACGGAUCGGCGCGAGGCGUGCAGACUUCUAGACGAGCGCGUCAAACUCCACGAGGACGCCAUCGAGCGACUCGCCCAACAAUGUCGGCAGCUGGACGACCUUCGAGGGGCCUUGGACCGCAUGAUGUCAUCUUUGACAUCUGAACCCUCCGACCUGAGAUGUCGCGCCACGGACGACCUCAACGGCAAGUUGAGUCUCCUGUUGGAGCGCAAGAUGGCCGAAGGCGUGCGAUGGCAACGGCAUGAAGACGCCCAGCUGACUGGCGGGCAGGUGUCCAUCUUGAAACUUCAAAGUGAGUGUGACAAACUUCAAGAGGCCAUCAGGCGUCUCCAUGACGACAGCAAACACAAACAGGUCCACAUCCAGCAACUGCUGAGGACCUCUGAGGAUCUGCAAGAGAACAAAGUUGACAAACGCUUGCUUCACGUCGAAGUUAAGAAGCAGCUCGACGAAGCUCAGUUGAAAAACUUCCAUCAAAGCCGCGAGAGGCUGCGCAGUCCUGAACAUUUCGAGCAUGAUGGCGAAGAUGCCACAGCCGCUGGGAUCAGGAAACAACUGCUUGAAACACAUCAUUGUCUGUCAUGUGACCGUCAUGUCAUUCGACAUCUUAACACAGCUAAGAGUUUGUUGGGGGCAUGGCCUAGCGGCAGGGGAGGUGGCAGGCCAUUGACGGAUUUGACUCACUUGAGGUACCCUCGGGUGUCCCGCAGCUGCGGCGGCAUUCGCACGGUGACCUACACCCCCCAACGGCGCCUCAACGGGGCAGGACCCUGUGGCCAGAUUCCUCCCGCCGGACCGGUGCAACCGCCGCCACACACCUGACACACGUACACAAAAAAAAAAAAACUCAAUGCAAAAUUUAAAGCUGUAUGUGUGUCUAAUCCAUCCAUAUUAAUGAGGCAAUUUUAUGAAUACAACAGAUUUGCCUUUUCUUUAAAAAUCAUACUCACUUCCAGAAAUUAUUAUACUUGGCUGAAAUAAACUUGUUGAGAAAUGAAGGAAACACA